AUGCGUCAAAUCUGCAAUGGCCUAGGGCUGUUACAUCAGGAAGGCCUUGCCCAUGGCGAUCUGCAACUGUGUCACAUUUCUAUCGACCGUCUUCCCGAACACAACCCCGAUCAACACCACAGAGAGUGGCGCGUCAAAAUUGGGGGAUGCAGGCUUCAUUACCCAACGUCUGCCAACAGUCAUGGCAGUCCCGGAACUUUCAUCAAUACUGUUGCCUUUGCAAAUCUCUCCUUUCUCUCCCCAGAGAUUCUAGGGGGUUAUACACCGAGAGACCCUGCAACCUUUGAAGGUUUCAAUGGAAUACAAGCAUUUGACGUUUGGGCAGCAGGAGAGGUUGCCGCUCAAAUGUUAACCGGCAGUCCAACCUUUGGCCUAGAUCUCCAGAUGAUGUUUGACUACCAGGCCGGAACAGUUACAUUUCCAACCAGGAAGUUGGAUCAAGCGAUGGUCUCAGAACUUUGCAAAAGAUUCAUUACGACAUUCAUGCACCACGAUCCCUUCAUGCGACCAACGCUUCCCCUCGAUCCAAGGCGAGAUGCCAUUGUACAGUGGAUUGAACCAGCCAACUGCUGGCAAGCCAAAGAACUGAAGUCAGUUCCGCUAACGACAUUCUACCACGACAAGAUUCUACCGCCAACAAUGCAUUACACCCCCGAUGGGAGCAAGCUGGUUGUUAUCGACCCCCAUACCAUUACCAUUCGUUCAAGUUUCGCCGGAUUCAUUAGCAGCUGGAUCUACGAGAACGACCGGCAUGCUGAAUACCGCGCUUCUGCUCUUUCGUCUUACGGGAAGACAUUGGCGUUGUAUGACGCACACUCCAAUGGCAUCAAAAUAUUUGACAUUUCGAAGGGGAGAAACACCGGGUUAUCCAUAACCUACCCCGUUUCUGAGCCACUCGUUACCCCUCCAAUGUCUAAUUCCCUGUUUGUGCAAUUACAGCAGCCGCAAACAAUCCUCAACUUUCAUCCUACCGGCUCUACACUUCUUGCCGCCUCUCCAAGCACCUUCACAACUCUCAAUCUCUCUAUUGUCCCAAAUCCUGCCAACCCCCUCCCAUACCAGCCCAAGACAGACUCCCGAGAAGAACCAAUUCUCAACGCCUGCUAUACCAAUGACGGCCUUGCAACGGUCGUUUCCCAUAGAAACUAUACAAGGUUUACCCUGCUAUCAAACGGGCAAGUCACCCGUACAGUGGCGCAUCCCGUCUCCGCUCGCGUUGUGGCUAUUGCACCGGAUGGACACCGCCUUAUCCUGGGGUCAAAGCAUGGUGAUAUCUGGUCUCUUUCUACUUCAUCGUUCGUCCAGUCAGACGAAGGUUGUUGGGUACCGGUCUGGCGAUGUGUAGACGGCUAUCCCGUCGACUCUAUCGACAUUGCCCUGUCAUCUACCCAUCCAACUCGGAAGGGGGGUACAAGUGCUGACGCAGUUACGGUAGCGGUUGUUAGUGGGGAGCGAUUGACUCUUCUAUCUAUGGGCAGCGAUCAAGACGAUCGCUGCUUGGGAUGGGUAGAGUUCAAGCAGCGGAAGGCACUGAUUGCCAAGAUUAAGCCCAGAGCGGAUAAAGAGAACCAUCUCGAGAUUGCGCUAUGGAGUGGAGGUGAAAGCAGGAUUACCUUUUUGAAGUUUGAGGGGUUCUAUGAAGAUGAAGAGGUUGAGGGCGGUGGCAAUAACUUCAAGGGGCUCGCAGAGUCGACCAUCGCUGGAGAAAUCGAGAACCACAACUAA